AUGGGUCAAACCGUGUCGUCACCAGCAGUCCCCUCAAAACCGGCGGCACCCGCUAAAUGCCCCAUCGAACACGACAAACCGGCGGCAGCUCCAGAACCAGCCAAAUGCCCUGUUGACCAUGGCAAAAAGAAGGAUGAAGCACCAGCCAAGUGUCCUGUGGAUCAUGAUGGCGCUGCUAUAAACCCGAAUAACCAAAUGCCUGACCUCUCCCAAAAUCCCGCGCCUCAGCAGACUAUUGACCUUCCGACGAGCCGGACAGAAUCGUCCAUACCAAGGGGUGACAAUGAGGGUAACUGGGAAUACCCUUCGCCGCAACAGUUCUAUAACGCCUUGGUGAGGAAGGGAUGGGAGACUCCGGAAGAACAUAUCGAGACAAUGGUUCAUAUUCACAACUUCCUCAACGAGGAAGCAUGGGAGGAAGUCAAGAAAUGGGAACGGAGACGGCCUGAUAGUGGAGACGAUAUCCAACUAACACGACUAAGAGGACGACCUGGCGAAUUGUCACCAAAAGCUCGGUUCUGGAUGUUGGCUGGCUGGCUAUUGCCAUCUCGAUUCAACACUGAGCCUCCAUUCGACCGCCACGACUGGGUCAUUCGUAGACCCAAGACUGGAGAAGAAGUCCGCUAUGUCAUUGACUACUACUCUGCACCACCCGAGCCAGAUGGGUCUCCGGUGUUUUCUUUGGAUGUUCGGCCAGCGCUGGACAGCUUGGGGAGCGUAAAGGACCGCAUCUGUGUGGCCACCGAAGAAGUUUGGGCAGAUUUCCGGAAAAAGAACCAGUCUGGAGGCGGGAACGACAACCGCUCUUAA